AUGGUCUUCCUCCACCGCUGCCCCCGGCGCCAUUGUGCUCUGCUUCUCCUCGUAGUCUUGCAGGUGCUGACACCGGCGUGCUUCAGCGACGACACGCCGUCGCCGGAGACUGCCGCGCUGCUGCUACUCAAGAACUCCUUCACGAACGCGACGAGCUUGUCUUCGUGGACCAAUUCCACCGGCAGCGGCCCCUGCGACAGCCGCUGGGACGGCGUCAUUUGCCAGAAAGGCAGCGUCGCCGGCCUUGACCUCGCUGGCGUAGGCCUCUCCGGCGAUAUCGACGUCGACGCGCUCGCGCAACUCGCUGACCUCCGCACCGUGAGCUUCGCCGAUAACUAUUUCUCUGGCGGCAUUCCGGCCCUCAACCGCCUUCACACCCUCAGGGCCAUCUACCUCUCCCGCAACCUCUUCUCCGGCGACAUCCCCGGCGACUUCUUCGACGACAUGACUCGCCUGAAGAAGCUCUGCAUCAACGACAACGACUUCACCGGGUUGAUUCCUUACUCGCUGUCCAGGGCUUCGGCCAUGAUGGAGCUCCAGCUGCAGAACAACCACUUCGCCGGGACGAUUCCGGCGCUCGUGUUGCCGUCUCUUUCCGCCUUCAACGUGUCGAACAACGAGCUCGAGGGGGUGAUCCCGGAUGUGUACUCCAAGUUUAACGCGAGCUCGUUCCUCGGCAAUGAGAACUUGUGCGGGGAGGCACAGUUCGGCGACCAGCCCUGCAAGGAGGUGGUGGCGAGCAACGGGAAGGUGGCGGCGAUCUUUGUGCUCGUCGUCUUCCUCAUCUGCUUGGUCGUUUACUUAAUCACGACGCGGGAGCAGAAGGGAGAGGAGCCGCUGGAUCUCGAUGCGAUGAAUGACGAGAAAGUGAUGGAAGCAGCGAAAGAGGUGAGAUUCCGGCGAGUUCAGAGUAUCGCGAAAGAGGGCGAGGUGGGGCAGUCGCGAAGGAUGGGCUCGGCGGAGAACAACGGAGGCGGAGGCGGAGGCGGAGGCGGGGCGGGGGACUUGGUGAUGGUGAACGAGGUGAAGGGGGUAUUUGGGCUGCCGGAAUUGAUGAAGGCAUCGGCGGAGGUGAUGGGCGGCGGGGGGAUGGGAUCGGCAUAUAAGGCGGUGAUGACGAGCGGCGUCGCGGUGGUGGUGAAGCGGAUGCGGGACAUGAACCGGAUGGGGAAGGAGGCCUUCGACGGCCAUCUCCGGCGGCUGGGGAGCCUGGACCACCCCAACGUGCUGCCGCCUCUGGCGUACCAUUACCGGAAGGAUGAGAAGCUGUUCGUCUACGAGUACAUCCCCAAGGGAAGCUUGCUCUACGUCCUCCAUGUGGAGGAGUACUUUAUUCUUAUUUUGUAA